AUGUCAAAUUCGGACUUCGACAAUUGGGAACCCGUUGAUGACAGUGAAGACACCUAUGCACGAGAUGGACGAAGCCCAAGUGUGUCCUCUGCCACUGCAAUGCCUACAGAAAAUGGCGCUGCAGACCAUUUCAAGGUAUCACGAUCACCCAUCAGGUCACUUCAAAAUUCCAGCCGGAAUUCCAUCACCUCCGUCGACAAUACGGGCUUGAAGUCUUCUCCAGCAGAUCCGCAGCUUACUGCGCUUGAUCCUAUCGCUGGGGUCAAUAGCCCGUCUUCAAAAAAUGGAUCAGCGCUCAAUUCCGUCACUCAGAUUAUUGGGUCUUCGAAAGAAACUAAGGAUCCAAAAGAAUUGCCAAUACCUGAAGUGGAAGAAGAUGUGGCGAACAGCUCGUUUUUCAAUAACAUGCUGACAUCUUUCAACUUUAAAGGAUCAACUUCGACGCCCGCCAAGCCACUCACACAUUCCAGAACAAGCUCAGAGUCCGGAACGCAAACUUUACCCAACAUAAUAUCUCACCGCAAAGCUACACCCACUCGAAAAUCAAGAAGAUCGAUUAGCAACGAGAGCAAUGUUCCUACCUCCCCGCUUCGAGAGAUGGAGAAACCAAAUGAACUGGUCACUGAGUUCAACCGGAAGCUCUACGUCGACGAAAGGUUUUCUGGCACGGUCUAUCAUUACGCCAUUGAAGAUAGAAAUUCUGAACUGCAUAGAAUUUUCAAAUCCGUGCCCGACAGCGAUCGUCUUCUUGAUGAUUUCAGCUGUGCGCUUAGUCGGGAGUUUUUGUUUCAGGGAAGGAUUUAUAUCACAGAAGCCAAUAUAUGCUUCAAUUCCAACUUGUUAGGAUGGGUAACUCACAUUGUUAUCUCAAUGAUGGACAUAAUCUUGAUGGAAAAAACCUCCACCGCAGGACUUUUUCCAAAUGGCAUAUCAAUCGAAACACGGCUAGGAAAGCAUCAGUUUGUUAGCUUCAUUUCGCGCGACACGACUUUUGAGUUUAUCAAAACAGUUUGGCAAAAAUACAAAGAACGUUCUUUAAGCGAUGGCUUCGUAGUUGACGGUGUCACACGGCCAUCAAGCGCACAGGGAAAUCUCCGAAGAUCUUAUAGUGAAUUGUUGGCCACUACAUUGGACAGGCCCCCAUCCCAUGAGCCACCUAGUCGCUCAUCUAUCAUAAGCGAAAACGAUGCAAUAAUCGAAGAUGCUAUACUUUCUGUUGACGAUAUCAUCCCUACAAUCGUCAUGAAUAAGGACAAUCAACGCGGUAGCGUUAAGGGUCUCAAUGAUUAUGACGAUAAUGAUGAUGUUGAUGACGAUGAUGAUUACGACGACGACGACGACGACGAAGAAGAAGAAGAGGGAAAAGAUGCUAUUAGCAGAGACGCCAGGGCUGAAAGAAACGCCGAGGAAAGGGCUGCCCUUCUGUUAGAGAAAACCUGUUCAAGCUCAGCUGCCACCAGUGUCUCGUCUCUCAAGAACGGAUUGCUGUCUAGUCAGAAAGGUUUUACAUUCAAAAUUGAUAGUGGAUUCGAAUAUGAUGGGCCUACGACUUCCAGUGAAACACAAUUUGAUUAUGAGCCAGAAAAAAACAACGAAACGAUUUUGGCAGACAAGGAUUUCGAUGCUCCCCCGGGGGUUAUUUUUCAAUUGAUCUUUAGUGAUAGCAAGCCGGAUUUCUUGGUGGAAUUUUUGACAGGCCAGAGCUCUUCUAAUAUCUCCACUAUUGGAGCUUUUGAAGGCACAAAUGAAGACGGCAAACGAUUUCGCGAUUACACUUACUCUAAAGCUUUAAACUUUUCUGUUGGUCCAAAGUCUACCAAAUGCGAGGUGUCUGAAACUCUUUUGAGUUUAAACUACAAUGAGCGUAUCAGCCUCGUUAAUGCAACAAAAACUCCUGACGUUCCCAGCGGGAACAGUUUUGUGGUAAAAACGAGAUACAUGCUGCGGUGGGCCUCUGAGACCACUAGCAAUUUGAAAGUUUCGUUUUGGAUUGAGUGGACCGGCGGGAGCUGGAUCAAGUCAAUGAUCGAGAAAAGCUGUAGAGCGGGUCAAAUCCAAGCCACGGACGCUUUGGUAGCUCUAUUGGACAAGUAUGUGCAAAAUUUCGUCACUUCGGCUUCUGCUGCUGGCCCAGCUGCUGGGGAGAAGCGCACGUUACGGAAGAGGCAAUCUCCAUCCAAGCGCUCGAUUGACAGUGCGAAAGAUCAAGAAAAGCCAGCUGUGGUAGUUUCCGAGGAACCGGUUGUCACUCGCGCCACCACUACUGUACAACGAACGCAACCUUUUUGGCUAUCCUUCACAAAUGUUUUGAUGUUUGUAAACAUCAUUCUAUUUCUAGCCUUGAUGUGGCGCCAGGAGCGUAUUCUUUCUUUAGUUCGGCAAAGUGGUAAGGUUCAAACAGCUGAAAGUGAGGCUGCUGUCAGUCAAAUGUUAUCACAUUUCAAGACCCUUUUCGACGCCGACGCUGAUGAGGUUUUACCUGGCGGCUCAGGCGAGACCCACAAUGCUCAAAGGUAUACGUUAAGAAGCUGGAUUGACAAGCAUAGUGGGAACGAAGAGGCCCUAAAUCUAAACCUACAGAAAAAGAAACAGUAUCAGCGGUACAUGAGGUACAUUGUGGACCAACUGCUCGAUGGUGAGAUCUCUAUUAGCGAAACAGAAGACUUUUUGGGCAGGUUGAACAAGCUCGUGAAUUUGGUUAACGAUACCAAGAAGAAUAGCGGUAGUGUUGAUGCAUGCGAACUACAAAAUGCUCUAAAUUACUUGAUUAAUGCAUGA